AUGGCCGGAGCGGCGGCGGCGGUGGCCGCGGGAGCAGCGGCGGGAGCCGCGGCGGCGGCCGUGGCGGUGGCGGCGCCGGGCCGGGCCUCGGCGCCCCCGCCGCCCCCGCCCGUGUACUGCGUGUGCCGGCAGCCGUACGACGUGAACCGCUUCAUGAUCGAGUGCGAUGUCUGCAAGGACUGGUUCCACGGCAGCUGUGUUGGCGUAGAAGAGCACCAUGCAGUUGACAUUGACCUGUAUCACUGUCCCAACUGUGCAGUUCUACAUGGUUCUUCUUUGAUGAAGAAGAGGAGGAACUGGCACAGGCACGACUACACGGAAGCUGAUGACGGCUCCAAACCCGUGCAGGCUGGAACUCGAACUUUUGUUAGGGAAUUGCGCUCUCGAGUCUUCCCAAGUGCCGAUGAAGUCAUUGUGAAGAUGCAUGGCAGCCAGCUGACACAAAGAUACCUGGAGAAACACGGAUUUGAUGUCCCCAUCAUGGUCCCUAAGUUAGACGACCUGGGACUCAGGCUCCCGCCGCCUGCUUUUUCUGUGAUGGAUGUGGAACGCUAUGUAGGUGGUGACAAAGUGAUAGAUGUCAUUGAUGUGGCAAGGCAGGCAGACAGCAAAAUGACACUUCACAAUUAUGUUAAAUACUUCAUGAAUCCUAACAGACCAAAAGUGUUGAAUGUGAUCAGCCUUGAAUUUUCAGAUACAAAGAUGUCUGAAUUGGUGGAGGUCCCUGAUAUAGCCAGAAAACUUUCCUGGGUGGAAAAUUAUUGGCCAGAUGAUUCAGUUUUUCCCAAGCCAUUUGUUCAGAAAUACUGCUUAAUGGGAGUUCAAGACAGCUACACAGAUUUCCACAUCGACUUCGGAGGAACUUCAGUCUGGUACCAUGUCCUCUGGGGUGAGAAGAUCUUUUAUUUGAUAAAGCCAACAGAUGAAAAUCUGGCACUCUAUGAAUCUUGGAGUUCAUCCGUGACCCAGAGUGAGGUGUUCUUUGGAGACAAAGUGGAGAAAUGCUACAAGUGUGUGGUGAAGCAGGGACACACCUUAUUCGUUCCUACAGGGUGGAUUCACGCUGUGCUCACGUCUCAGGACUGUAUGGCUUUUGGGGGGAACUUUCUGCACAACCUUAACAUUGGCAUGCAGCUCAGGUGUUAUGAAAUGGAGAAAAGGCUAAAAACACCAGAUCUUUUCAAAUUCCCUUUCUUUGAAGCCAUAUGUUGGUUCGUAGCCAAAAAUUUGUUGGAAACUCUCAAAGAGCUGAGAGAAGACGGUUUCCAGCCCCAGGCUUACUUGGUCCGAGGAGUGAAAGCGCUGCACACAGCUUUAAAGCUCUGGAUGAAGAAGGAGCUGGUAUCUGAACAUGCCUUUGAAAUUCCAGACAAUGUUAGACCUGGACAUCUUAUUAAAGAACUUUCUAAAGUAAUUCGAGCAAUAGAGGAGGAAAACGGUAAACCAGUUAAAUCUCAGGGAAUUCCUACUGUGUGUCCAGUUUCAAGAUCCUCAAAUGAAGCAACUUCUCCUUACCAUCCCCGACGAAGGAUAAGGAAACUUCGAGAUCAUAAUGUCCGAGCGCCUUCGAACCUGGACAUCCUAGAGCUCCACACGAGAGAAGUCCUCAAAAGAUUAGAGAUGUGUCCGUGGGAAGAGGACAUCUUGAGCUCUAAACUGAAUGGAAAAUUCAACAAACAUCUCCAGCCAUCUUCUACAGUACCUGAAUGGAGAGCGAAAGAUAAUGAUCUACGAUUACUACUGACGAAUGGAAGAAUAAUUAAAGAUGAGAGACAGCCAUUCGCAGAUCAGAGUCUUUAUACAGCAGAUAGUGAAAAUGAAGAGGAUAAGAGGAGGACAAAAAAGGCAAAAAUGAAGCUGGAAGAGUGUUCAGGAACGGAGGGGGUGGAGAACGAGCCUCGGAAACCACUGAACAGGUUUUUUACAAGUGUGAGAUCAGAACUCAGGAACAGAUCAUCAGAAUACUCGGACAUUUCUGACUCGGAAGACUCCAGCCCUGACUGCGCUGCACUGAAAAAUAAUUUUACCACUGAAGAAUCUGAAAGUUCAGGUGAUGAAAAGAAACAAGAAGUAACAUCAGCCUUCAAGGAAGACUCUAAUGGGAUGAGGAGCUUCCUUCAAAAGAGCCAGAAGGCAUCUGGAAGUGAAAUUCCAAUUAAAAGGGAAUGUCCUACCUCGACAAGCACAGAGGAAGAAGCUAUUGAGGGCAUGCUGUCUAUGGCAGGGCUGCACUAUUCCACAUGUUUACAAGCGCACGUGCAGAGCACAGGCUGCAGCGGUCAAAGACAGUCUCUCCAGGAGCCCAGCUGCCACAGUAACCAGGAGGCUGGGCAGGCCUGUCGCUACGAUAGACCGGUGCAAUGUGGAUACCAUGUCAAGACUGAAGAUCAGGACUUGAGGACUUCUUCCUGGAUUAAACAGUUUGAUACAACUUCCAGAUUUAAUCCUCAGGAUCUAAGUAGAAGCCAGAAAUGCAUAAAAAAGGAGGGCUCAUCAGAAAUCAGUCAGAAGGUACAGAAUAGGAAUUUCACGGACAGCAGUGGCUCAAGCUUUCAGAAUGGAAAGUAUGUGCAGAAUUCGAGUGUGGUUUCAGGGGCGUGCCAGAUAAGGAAUGGCAGUCUAAGCCCAGAAAGGCCCGUUGGUGAAACUUCCUUUUCAGUGCCCCUUCACCCCACCAAGAGACCUGCAUCAAAUCCACCCCCUAUCAGCAACCAGGCAACAAAAGGUAAGCGUCCAAAAAAAGGAAUGGCAACAGCCAAACAACGUCUUGGGAAGAUCCUGAAGUUGAACAGAAAUGGCCAUGCACGUUUCUUUGUGUGACGGAGCUGCUGUAGUAGCCAUUCUUCCCUUUGGAGACCAGUCUUGGGGUGCAGAAGCCUGGAGCUCCCGCUGCCCCCUGGCCUGGAGCAGUCUGCGUGUACAGUAAGAAUACUGCCCGAGAACAGAAUGAACCUGAUGCUGCAUUUUCACUGUGCCACACCCACUCAGCAAUAACCCUUUGGACCUGGUGGGGGAGAGGAUGAAAGAGGGUAGAACCUUAAAAGGAGACCUUGAACUGAAAAGGGUCUCUUGUCAGGGCUUGAAUUUCAUUUUGUUGUUGGUAGUGUCUUGAUUUAUUCAGUAGUAGGGUAAAGAAUUAUCAAUAAUUUAUUUAACAGAUUUUUUUUUAAAGUUAACAGCUUUUAAAUUCUUUCUUUUUUAAAGCUAUUUAUUUGGAAGAUUUCUGGAGAAAUAUCUCACUAAUUUAGAUUUAAGAAUGUGAAGGUUUUUAAAUUAUUUUUGAUAGUGUGUAUGUUACAUGUGGGGAAGAGCCACAGUAACAGUAACUAGUCUGGACUCUUAAAUUUGAUAUUCAGGUUAAAGUCUUAAACAGGGAUUUGAUGCAUUAAUUAUUUUAAAUUAAGAUGUAUAUGAAAAUCAUUUUAUUUUAUAUAUUCAUGUGUUUUUUAUAAGCUAUUAGCUUCGCUUUUGCUAACAUCCAAGGUGCAUACUGUUAUCCAGGUUGAUGACCUUAUAUCCCACCUUCCCUCUGCACUCCCCUUCAUUUUGUGAUGACCCAACAAUACUCUUAUCUUUGCAGGGAAACUCUUUCAUAGCCAAUAUGUAAGAACUCCAUAAAAGACCCCUCAUUUCUCAUUUUGUUUGAAAUUGUGGAUUUCUUCUAAAUAUAAAGAAAAUGGGCUUCUUGCAUUUUCAUUUCUGCUGAUGAUAUCUAGGUCCCAAAGAGAACAGCUUUAAUAUCUUUUUCCUACUUGUGGGGAAAGUAUUAUAAGUUUGGUUAAAUUGUCAUGUUUAUAGUUUUUCCAAAUACAUUUGUAACUACAUAGGGCCUUCUUCAUACUGCUGGUGUUGGGUGAAAAUACUGACACCUGCUGCCAAGGUUCUCUCUUACGGCGCUUUUAUUCUCUAUACUAAUUUGGAAAAUAUGAUUUGACUUAGGAUGUUCAAAUCUGCCUAAUAAGCAAUAGUAUAAUAGACUCAUACUAUAUUAGGUUGCAUAGAAGCAAGCAUGUUUGGGUAGAUCUUUUGUGUUUACUUUUUCAUUUCUUAACCUUCUAAAGAAUUAUCUAAGAUAUGGAUUUGGAGUAAAAUGGGUGCUUUUUUGUAGUUUCUCCAUCUCUCCUGACUGGCUGAACUUUAAGGUAAUCACCUAUCUCCUUUAUGUACAAUUUUUACUGAAUGCCAGUUUUCAGUUGCCUGUACUAGCUUCUAUUCCUCUCCCCCCUGCUCUGGCAUAAAAACAAGUAAUUCCUAGGCAUGGAGUAGAAAUAUUCACAAGCCUGACAAUAGAGCAUUUUACAAAUUCAUACAAAGAAAAUAUAGGCAAAUAGGAUAAAGUGUAUUUUUAUGGAGAAUAUGGCCAUAUUUGUGAAUUUCUUCUUUUACUCAAUACAGUAAUAGGACUUUGCCUUCUGUAUUAAAAUGUCACUUGAAUUGCUAAGAAAAAAAUUACAUCAUCUUCUUUCAUGGUUGUUUUCAAAUUUAUAUUUUUAAGAAGCAUUAUUUCUUACUGUCUCCAUUCCAGUACUUCAUGGGAUAAAUAUUAAACAGCUUAUGAAUUGGCCUUUUUGGCCCAGAGUGACUGGACCAAAGUCUGAAUCUUAUCUGCAUGUUGGGAAGAAGAAUUUGUAUGGAAAUCCUCAAUAUCUAUUUAUGGCCUACUUAAACCUUGUCUACACUAUGCCAAAACAAGUGGAAAGAUGGGUACAGUCAGCCCCUGACUGGUCAUCUUACCUCAAGAUGCAAAAAUCUGGUUGUUGACUGCUUCUCCGAGCUUCCUGCACAAUCUCUUACUGUGAUAUCUUGGUUUUCUGUAGAUCGUGUUCUAGUGCUACAGCACAUGUGCUUUUAUUUUGGUUUAAGAAAUAGUAACUAUAACUUCCUUUCCCAUUUACGUCAUGGUGUGGAUUUUUUCGUAGCUCCAAGUAUUUUUAAUUAUAUGAUUUAAAACAUGGUCAGUACCCACCUGUGUCCCUAGGCCAAUAAAUACUAAUUUGGAGUAGCCAGUAUGUAAAAUUUUUAAGUGAAGGUACUGUGGAUUCAUUUUUGGCAGUUUUAGUCCAUUAUCUGGCUAAGUUCCAAAACUUUGACCAAGGCAACAUAACCACUAUGACAGAAACAUGUAUUUCCUUCUGAACUGGUGAACAUUCAGCCACUCUCCUACUCAACCUCUCAGAAAGUCAUUGACUGUGAGCCAUCCCUUCAUCUCCAGGACAUGGCUGAACCUUCAGCAAGCUGCUGCCAGUAACCAGGCGCCACAAUAACUGACAACCAUUUGUCUUCCCUGUCUCAUUUAUCAGCAGGACUAUCAAGGAAGACAGCAGUGAGAGCUUUAGUUAUUGAAAGUGAGUACAAAUAUAUAAACUGAGAAUUAGGGCUUAACAUAUGAAAUGUUAGUAAUAGUGAUAGUAGACAAUAAUUUUUCUCUGUUGAUUCAAAUAAGUGACUCCUAACCUGGGAUCCCUUGUACUGUAACGUAAUUCAUAAUGUUACAUAAUAGUAAGCGCUCCAGUGUUGGUGACUCAGCUUAAUAGUAGUUCAGUGCCCUAGGAAUAUAUUGAACUUCACGAAGUUCAUUUCUGAAGUGUAGGAAACUGAAGAUUCUGACUGCAGUCAUAAACUCAGAGAAUAAGCAGGCCCAUCUUUAUCAGUAGUGAGAUACUGAACUUGAAUGCUAUUCUGUUCCUUAAUCUUAAUUAUUGCCUUUUCUAUGAACUCUACUGUAUUUACUCAUCUGAAGUCAGCAGGUACUUAUCAAGCAUCUACUGUGUGCCAGCACUACUCAGUACUGCAGGGGAUACACAGUUGCAGUGUAGUCUCCUAGGAAAUUAGCAUUAUUUUCACUUUUAAGCAAACUUGAGCAAAAGAGGGCCCAUUCCUAAAAAGCAGCACAGCUUUAUUAGUUUCAGCUGAGAUAUCCUACACAGGAAUGGAAGUAAAAGACGACUGCGUUCUUUUUUAAAAUUUAAGAAACAUCUCAAGAGUGAGCAGUUCAAUGCUGCGCUGAUACAGAAGCGUGCUGCAGCGGCCGAGGCAGCAGGAGACUUGGGUUUCUGUCUCGUUCUGCCCUUGGCAGUGACUUCAGUAAUUACGUCACUUACUGAGUCUUAGUUUUCUUUGUAAGUUUGCAUAAAAAAAUGCUUAUUAUGAUAAUUAGUUAAGAAAAGCAUAUAGAAAAUCAUUCUUUAAUUUAUUAACAUUUCAUACUUAGAGAACUUGUCAUUAAGUUACAAUUGGUAACUAAUGAAUGCACCUUUAGAUAUAUUUUAAUAGAGAAACUGCCAUUAGUCAUAAAGUCUGUUGCAUAUCAAAUGUAUGCCCCAGGCAAGCUACCUAGAAAAUCUGAAGAAUCUCUAACAAGGUGCUGCAUUACAAUCCGAUUCCAUGCUUAAAAUAAAGAAAAAGAAGUGAGAUCAUUUAUGGAUCAGAGUAAGAAGGUUUAUCCUCAAAUAUGUUAAGAUGAAUUAAAGUAAUUGAAAGACAGCUUUAGGUUUUCAGAAAGAGGAACUGGGACAGUACUGCUCUGCAGGUCUGGCAUACUCUCAGGUACUAGAUAAGCGUGAAGUCAGUCCUGGAAUUAAAAUGAUUGGCAACAAAGCCAUCGAACUAGGGGAAGCUGCAAGGCAGUUAGAAAGGUGGCAACUACAAGGGCUCUGGAUUGGUAGCAGCGGCUUGCUGGGUAAGGAGAAAAACCACUGGAGUACUGGAGGAAGAGGCUCGACUGAACACCUUCAGCAGGAAGGGUCUUUCUGCUUUUCUGAAAAGAUGCUCUCUGCAGUGAUUAAGAGUACUCUGCAAAGAGUUGAUUAGAAUAAUUACACGCUCCACCGUGCUGUUACUGAAACAACUAUUACAGCAGAGAGCACUGUAAGUUUUCACUUUGAGAGGGCCUUUAUAAUGUAAAUAUAACAAGUGUUAAGAAAUUCAUUCCCCUUCCCCCCUUAUAUGUUAAACUAAUUGCUCCCGACAUAAAGAGAAGCUAAAGCUUACCAGGC